UAGUUUAAAUUUAUACAUCCCAGCGGUCGGAUAGCUCUUUCGACUUCCUGUAUACAAAAAUAUAUUUGUAUUUUGUACACUUUUUUUAACUGAAAAAAAUCAUCAACUAUUUCCCUCGCGAUUUGUGCUGAGUUUUUCGUGCGGCUAACUAAUUUCCAGUGAUUUAAUUUAUGGAUGCCAAACGUGGUAAUGCCUCUGGGGCACGCCAAGGCGGUGGUGGCUAUCAUGCCUCCAAGACGAGCGUUGCUUCACGCCAUGCCGGUGGUGGAGUAGCAGCGGCAGUGGGUCACAAGCAGGCCAGUCAGGUCAGCCUGACGCCCAGCCAGUCCAGGAAUACCAAUGCCAACGAUAAUCCUCGCAAGAGUCCAUUGGACGCCCUGAGCCGCAGCGGCCCCGUACGCAAUCAGAAUCCCUUCCAGCGUCGCUCUGGCUUGCAGGAUGUGGAUGAUGCCUUUCUGGCUUCCAACGCUUUUGCCCGACCGCCCCGGGUUCGCCAUUCUGGCCUUGACAGGGACAACAUGCCGCAGGCCGCAGUAGGCGGAGCACCUGGUGGACAGCAGGCAUCGGCUCCCAUUCCCGCCCAGCAGCAGCAGCAACAACAGCAGCAGUAUCAGCAGAUGCCUCCAGUGGAUGCCGUGCCACAGCAGCAGAUGCCUCCGCCGGCAGCGGUGCCCUCACAGCAGCAAAUGCAACAGCAGUACGUGCAACAGCCGGCUGCCGGUCAGCCGACGCGCAUGGAACCGCCACCCUCGGGACGGGCUCAUGUGCAUCAACAGCAAAUGCCUCAUCAGCAGCAUCAACAAGUGCCGCAGCAGACUGGCUACGAGCAGCAGCAGCAAGUGGUCCAACCAGAUGCACAAAUGCAGAAUAAAUAUGCAAACCAGCAGUCGCAUCAGCUGCAGCCGCAACAUCAAUCUCCCCUAAAUGGAUAUCCCUCUCAGCCUCCAAACGCUCCACAGGCAUCUACGCCAACCACCGGAGGAGCAGCAGCAGCAGCGGCUCCUGGAGCAACUGGCGGCAAUAAUGCGCCCAGGGAAAAUGCUGGUGGUUCUGCUGCACCGGCGGAUGCAGAGAUGUGCACCACGUGCCCCAACUGCCAGACCACGAUCUAUCUAGUACGCUCCCCGGAACUUGGACAUGGCGAUGCCGGCUUACCAGUCCAGUAAAUGAUGAAAUCUUCCCCGAGUGAAAUGCACCAAAUUCUAAGUGCAAAUCUCUGUUGUUUUAUGACCCAUUGUUUUGUUUUAAUGUAACGACGAUUUCUGAAGGAAUCCAAACUUCAAUGAAGCUCCCUUUAAACUGGACCGUGCUCUAAUUUUGGAACAAAUGUGCGAAUUGAACAAUUCCAAAUAAAGAAAUUAGAGAGUUGUAA